AUGGAGAUUGAGUUUAUCGAGCAUGGAAGCAAAUCUGUAGAAGCAAGUACUUCUACCUCAUCGAAAAGGUAUGCGACAGAGCAACAUACUGUUGUCGGGAUGAAGGAUGACUUCAACACCAUACUAGAUCGUCUCACUACCAAAACAGAUCAGCUAACUGUCAUACCAGUUGUUGGUAUGGGCGGUAUAGGUGAGACAACUCUUGCUAGAAAAGUUUAUGAUGAUUCAACAAUCCGUUAUAGAUUUGAUAAACAUGCAUGGGUAACUAUCUCUGAAGUUUAUAACAAGAGACAAAUGCUUCUUGAACCUGUCUCUUCAAUUAGCCAGGAUAGGACUGAUGAAAGUAAUCAAAAAAUAAGCAAUGAUCAACUAGCGGAGAUUGUGUAUAGAGGUGUGAUUGGUAGGAGAUUUUUAAUUGUCAUAGAUGAUCUUUGGAGUACUGAGGCUUGGGAUCAAAUACAAAGAAUAUUCCCAAAUGACAACAAUAGAAGUCGAAUCCUAUUAACUACUAGCCUUAGUUAUGUGGCUGAUUACGCAAGCCCUGAUUUUCCUCAUCAUAAUAUGUCUUUUCUAAGUUUUGAUGAGAGUUGGAUUCUAUUUACCGAAACACUUCUUAGAGAAGAUCUGACCCCUGACAAUUGGAAGAAAGUUCAGGAAAAUUUGAACUCAUUCUUUGGUACGGUAUCUGAACGGUGUCAAUCAAUUCUUUCAUUGAGCUACAGUUACUUGCCCCAACAUUUGAAGGCUUGUUUUCUCUAUGUUGGAGGUUUUCCUGAAGAUAUGGAGAUUGGUGUUUCAAAGUUGAUUAAACUAUGGAUUGCUGAGCUAUUUGUAAGGGCAAGAAGCAAUAAAAGGUUAGAAAUGGCGGCAGAGGAGUAUCUAGAAGAGCUAAUUGACAGAAGUUGUUGUGAACAAGGCUAA